AUGCAAACUUUACUCAAGCGAAACCUCCUUUUAAGUGAUGGGUUAUUGUGUAAUGGGGACUUUUUUCAUGUGAGGUGUUAUGCUCAUAUCUUAAACUUGAUAGUUCAAGAUGGGUUGAAGGUUGCUAGUUCUACUUUUCAUAAUAUUAGAGAGAGUAUCAAGUAUGUGAGAGCAUCGGAGGCACGGGCUAUCCAAUUUAGAGAUGUUCUUAAGUCACUUGAAAUUUCUGACAUUAGAGUGAACUUAGAUAUGCCUACUAGAUGGAAUUCUACUUUCUUGAUGUUGGAGAGUGCUUUGAGAUGCGAGCGUGAUUUUGUUAGACUCUCUUUGAAGGAUAACAAUUUCAGAGAUUGUCCAUCGGAAGAAGAGUGGAAAAGAGGAAGAGAAAUCUGUAAAUUUCUAAAUCCAUUUUGUAAAAUUACUACCUUGAUGUCUGGUCAAUCUUAUCCUACUUCAAAUUUAUAUUUUAUGCAAAUUUGGAGGAUUGAAUGUUUGCUGAAAGAAUUCUCCAUUAGUGAGGAUGAGGUCAUAAGAAAAAUGGUGCAACCAAUGAAAGCCAAAUUUGAUAAGUGUUGGAGCGAUUAUUCCAUAAUUCUCUCUUUAGGGGCUAUUCUUGAUCCUCGAAUGAAAUUUCAUGUUUUGGAAUAUUGUUUGAAUAAAGUGGAUCCAUGUACUGCUAAUGAGAAAUUGACCACCAUCAAGAAAAAGCUGUAUUUGUUGUUUGAAGCAUAUUUAAAAACUUUGUCACAUAAUGCCUCUUCUAAUGCUUAUGGUGGUCAAAUAAAAAUUCCAACUUCUAGAGAAGAUGAUUCACUUUCAUUUGAUCACAACUAG